ACCCUUCCAUAUACUCCCUAUACUGAACUGCUGUGUAAGCAUUAUUUUUAUAGCUUGCUCUUAGUAACUGAGAAUUGAGUCUGAAUCUCUCUGAGAAGGAGGUUCACAAGAGAAUUACAAUGAAUGGCAAUGGGUACCAAGAGGACACUGGGGACCGACACAGGGAAAUUCCUGUAGCAAUGCCACUAGGAUCAUUGGUGAAGGAGCUCAAUACGAUAUUGCAAAACCCAAAUGGUGGUAACCACACAAUGAGAGGCAGGCCUAGGUGUGCUUCUCAGUCUGCUUCAGCUACCGGCACUGGUGCUGAAAUACUCGGGAGAAGUGCACCGUCAUUAAUGGUCGGUGGUACACUACGUCGCAAAAAACCUCCUGUGGCUAAACCUCCACAAGAGAAAAAAAAGGAGCAAGAAGUUUCAGGAGCCAACAACGAACUAGCGAACAUUUUGAACCGGAGAAGGAGAAAAAAUUGGGAAGAUUUAUCAAAGCAAAAUGUGAAGACACUUGACAAUGAUCAUCAUGAGACUAAAGAGGUGAAGCAUAAACCAUUGAGUGUGCUAAAAUCUUCUGAACAACAAUCGAAAAUUGAGAAGCCUCACGAGAAUUCUGUGCCACCUCAGGAAAUCUUAAAACCACAAGUGAAACCAAUAUUAAUUGGUGGUGACCAAAGCAAGCAAACUAUCACUACUGGGUUCACUAUAGCAGGGACACAAGCAAUCGAACAAACAGCACAAGGAUUUCAGCAACAGUUUUCAGCUGACCCGUCCACAACAAAUAAUGUUCCUGAAGCCACGAUAAGUAGAACUGCCACCCGAUUGCUGCAUGAUGAAGAAGCCCUUUGUGUUACACAUAAACAGAAUCAUACCAGGGUUGAUUCUAACCAAGCUGCUGGGGAAGGAAUAAUUCAGACAAAAGUUGAGGCUUUUCAAGCUCAUGAAAAACCAGGAGCAAUUCAGAAUCAGAGAGAGGGUUUGAACAUUGGGGAGCUACCGAACAUUCUCAAUCGUGGUGAAGAAAAACAAGACGAUACUGAGCAAGGAGUGAAGCGUCUUCAAGAUGAGCACACAAGGAUGGAGAGUGAAUUGAAGUUACAACAAGAAGAAUUAAAGUGUCGUUUGGAAUUGGUACCCACGACACAGAAAUCAGUUCCAAGAAAUGACAGAGAUGCUGAAAUUAAAGACUUGAGGUCGAGACUUGAAGUAGCUCACGAACAUGUGGCCAAGCAAAUUGACACCAUUGUUCAGAUGACUUUUGACUACGAGGCACUUCAGAAGCAGAUGGAAGAAGUGGAAUCUCAGGAGAUAGUUAAAUAUCUGGAGGGAAAAGUUGAACUCUAUCAUUGUCAAGUCCGUCAAUACGAGAACGACUUAAAUGAAGAGCGAGCCGCUCGAGAGAGAGCUGCAGGCGAACAAGAAAGUCAAAAAAGGAGGCACCAGUUUGAAAUGCAAGUGCUUGAAGACAACCUCAAAGAAGCCGUGGAAUCAGAGAGAACACUUAAGCAGCAUGCAACAACAGAGCUCGAUGAACUGAGGAGAAAACAGACUGGAUUGGAGGCAGAGUUCAACAAAGCAUUGGCUAUCCAAACAUCACAACUGGAUGCAGCUCAGGCGGAGAAGGCAGAGAUACGUCAACAAAAUGAUGGUUUGAAUCAUAAAAUCAAGCAGUAUGAAACUGACAUUCAACAGUUUCUCGCUCACAAGGAGAGCACUCAUGAGCUGCGAGGAAAAAUUGGUGAACUUGAGUGUGAUGUACGAGGCCUGACAGUUAACCUUGAACGUAAGAAAAAUGAAAACCAAACGCUUGGAAUCACAGUUCAACAGUUAAAGGAACAAAUCCAACAGCUGGAAGCCAGGGAUGAGUUGGCUCCCUACGUCCUUCCUCGACUUCCAUAUCUCGGAGAGUGUCAGGGGGCGGGGUCGUACGGAUCUGUGUAUCGUAUCCAUUUGAACGGGAUCAAUUGCAUCGCUAAGCAAAUUCACGACAUCUUGCUUGGUCAAGGGAGAGAACAAGGAGUGAAUAUAGAAGACAAGCAAGCUGCCUACCAGAAGUUCUAUACUGAAUGUGUGUUACUGAGUCGAAUGCGUCACCCCAACAUUGUCCAGUUCAUGGGUGUGCACUACGGACCACAGAGAGAUUACGGGAAAGAGCUCACACUAGUUAUGGAGCGCCUGUACAUGAAUCUCGAAGAUUGCCUAAAGCGAUACAAAAAUAUUGAAAUGUGGUUAAAAGUGUCGAUUCUUCUAGAUAUUUCCCAAGGUUUACUCCACCUUCAUUCUCAGGGUAUUGUUCACCGCGAUCUGACAGCUCCCAACAUUCUCCUCACAACGAGCCUCCAUGCUAAGAUUGCUGACCUUGGUGUCUCAAAAAUCAUCAAUGUCCACCCUCUGGCUGCCUCCAAACAAUCAAUGAUUCCCGGCACCCUCGGAUAUAUGCCCCCCGAGGCACUGGCAGAAAUCCCCGAGUAUGGCUCUGCUUUGGACGUAUUCUCCUUUGGUGUGCUAAUUCUGUUUGUCGUCCUACAAGAAUAUCCACAGUACUACGAUAAUCUUGUCACUCCCAAGGGAUUGGCUCGCAAAGAAUCUCAUAUUCAAAAACGUUCGAAAUGGAUCAACAAGUUAUCAUCUGAUAAUCCCUUCCGCCGACUAAUUUGUGGCUGCCUUCAAGAUGUUCCUGAACAAAGACCCACCACUAACAAUCUCAAUUCUAGUCUCAUUCAAAUUUCCAAGACGUACCCCAAUCCUUACCAAGAUAUCAUCGAUAUGCAAACACAUUUGGCCUAACCACAACACGGAAAACCUCACUACUCUUCAUAGCUCUAUUUAGGGAAAACCCAUCCAGAUAAAUCGUAGAUAAAUAAUUAUGAUAAUGGCCUGAACGACAAUACACAUUUCUUUAUUUUACUGUAGCUAUAAUUAUAUAUACCUGCAUGCAUAUUGUUAAUACUGUCACAAUGUAUACAAGCUAGUAUAUACAUGCACUGGAGUACAUUAUUUUUGUGCAAAUUUUGUAAGUUUAAAUGAUUUUCAAUACUUA